AUGGAUGAUCAAUUUUACACCAGCAACACUCAACCCAAAAGCCGUUGGAUCCGGUAUUGUUGUGGUCUAUGUGGGAUUAUCGGCCUCAUUUUAUCUCUGAUUGUGCUCCUUCUCCUUAUAGGAGGCACUUUAUACUUGAUUUACCGACCUGAAGCACCUAAAUUCGCAAUUGAUAACGUCUCUGUCAAGGGAAUGAGCCUCACGUCUUUGUCUUCUAUUUCACCGGAGGUUGACGUCUCCAUUAAGGCUGAUAAUGUCAACAAGAUUGGAAUCUACUAUGAGAAAAAUAACACUGUUGAAAUGUUUUACAAAGAUGAUCAAAUCGGUAACGGCUUGUUGCCCACAUUUUAUCAGCCGAAAAAUAAUGUGACAGCGUUUAACAUGGUGUUAAAUGGUAACAACGUUGUACUACCGGAUGCUGAUCAGAAAGCAUUGGUGAAUGAUAUUGCGGUACGGAACGUGACCUUAACAUUGAAACUGAAGACAAGACUGAGAUUCAAAGUUGGAUUUAUUAAUAUGGGGAAGGUCGAAUUUAUGAUUGAAUGUAAUAUGACGGUUGAUGAGUUAACCGAGCAGGCGAAGAUUGUUGACAAGAAUUGUUGGAAGAAAAAUUAUAAUUACUUGUUUGGAAGAUAUUAA